AUGAGUCCUGCUAUCCCUGUUAUUGAUCUUCGCCACCGUGAAGACCGACAGCGCUUGACGGAUGAGAUCCGUCACGCUUGUGAAGACCUUGGAUUUUUCCAGCUUCGCAAUUAUACCAUCCCAGACUUCUUCUGCCUACCGGUGGAGAUCAAAGAGAAAUACGAUAGGGGUAAGCUUGCAAGCAACAUCCACACUGGCGACCUGAAGGAGGGAUUCUUUCUCGGUCGACAUCUGCCACUAGAUGACCCCGACGUCGAAGCCGGCAAAUUCGGCCAGGGACCCAACAACUAUCCUGCUAUAGGGACAGACCCGCAGCUCUUCCGAGACACGGAUGCUCUGCGCCGGUUCUGUACCAAGCCCAUUGCUACGCUUCACUUGCUUCACUACCCCCCUCAAGCACCCGAUGCAUCGGAGCUGGAAAGAGGUGUGCAUUACCAAUCCUCCCGCAUUCGGCUCCCAACCACUAAUGAGCUAACCUUACUGGCAGGCAUCGGGGCUCACAGCGACUUUGGUGCCAUCACUAUCCUCUUGCAGGACGCCGUCGGGGGGUCUACAGAUUUCCUGGUUGAGUGCCUAGAAAGUUGCCUGGAGCCAGGCAAAGAGCCCAAAUACAGCUCAGUCACUGUGCAUGACUGGAUAGUUGGUCGCUAUGCGGAUACCUUUGGGGGUGGCGAGGUGAAGGGCGAAAAGGACCUUGACCCAAUGCACGCACUGGGCAAUCCCGACCGUUGGCCCAAGAGCACCGGCUGCACGGAUUUGGUAAGUAUCGAGGUCGUAGAUGUCACCAGAAUCCCCAAUAUCCCAACCAUCGCAAGAACCGACCGCAAGGAUUUGGGGGAAUUGGCCCAUCGGGAUAUGGAGUGCAAGCAAUGGAUCGACUCGAAACGUCAUGCUGCAAGUGCGGGCUCCACCCGAACCACACUGAAAAUGAAUCCGGAUUGCUCUUGCGGGUUACCAUCGGCUCAGGGUCGCUUCUGA